CCAACCCAGGUGCAGAUGAAUGCCCGGGCUAACUCAGCCAUUGUUGCGGCCGUCAAUGGAAGAUGUCCAUGCCUGCCAGAUGCAAGUGAGAGUGAUUUCCCCACAUCAGCAAUGGAGGUUUCUGCUAAUGAGCAGCAGAAGGACUAUGCUCCCAGAGUGGCCCAGGAGGAGCCAGGGAUUUUGCCAUUGAAAGAAGAACAUGGUGAACGCUUGACUGGUUGUGUUGUGCCUCCUGUCUGUCCCAAAUACAGCGUUACAGAUGGCCGUACAGGAGUUAUCACAUUUGGAGACCAUACAGAACAGGAGUCAUCAUCAUCAUCAGUCUCCCAGGAUGUUGCUGUGUCUGAGGUGGAAGCUUCCAGCAAACCUGCAAUUGAGAACAACAGUCUGAAAGUUAUGAAGCAGAGUGCACCAGGCCCAGCGUUUCAGGAGCUUGAGGCACACUGGUCCAGCAAAGAUGAAGGCAACCUGCAGGUCCUGUUUUGGGGUGAUGCUGUCGCCUCUUGUUCUAAGUAUGAUCAAAGUCCUCAGUCAUCUCAAAACCAAAUUGUUGUCACCAGAGUAGAUCUUCCCGCAGCCUCUUCAAUUGAAGAGUUAAAAUCAGAAGAAGACAGUGACUACAACGAUUCUGAAGCAGAUGUUUUAUGGAAGCGUGACUCUCGAGAUUGUGGCGAUGAAAACAGUGCUGGUGAAGCUGAAUGGACAGCACAGCAAGGUGCAGCGACAACAAAACCAAAGGAAAAUACAACACAAAUUCCAAAUAGGGCUAUAAAUGUGAAAUCAUUAGCAAACAACGUGGAUCUUCAUUAUCUUCCAGAUUACAUAGCACCUGCACAAAGAGAGGGUCCCGAAUCCUUGAAACCACGAGGUGCAAACGUAUGUUAUGUUUGUGGCAAAACAUUUACCAUGAAGGGCAGCUUGAAGAGGCACAUGUUUGGUCACACAGGUCUGAAACCACAUGGCUGCAAAGAAUGUGGGAGAACAUUUGCUAGAAUUGAAUCUUUGAGAGUACACAUGAGGACGCACACCUUGGAGAUUCCAUACACGUGUGACUUUUGUGGUAAAGCGUUUCGGCACAGGGGCAACAUGAUAUGUCACAUAAGGACACACACAGGAGAAAAGCCCUAUCGCUGCAGCAUCUGCUCCAAAGCAUAUGGAUAUGUGCAGGAUUUGCGCAAACACAUGCAAAUCCAUUCGAAGAUGGUGCGAUGAUUUCUGGAGGUAUGGAAAAUGUGUGUAGGUUAAACCACAUUAAACAUUGGUGAGGU